AUGUGGAUCUGGAUCAGGGAAAAAAUUACUGAUUGCAAUUUUCAGGUCUUGGGCUCGUUAUUUGUAGCUCAAUAUCAUAUCUGGCUGGCCGCGGACGCCCACGGCAUCCUGGUCUUGAUCCCUGGUCAGCCACUGCUCAAUCUGCUGGUCACUUCCUUCCUCUUUAUCUGCGUUUGCCAUGAAGUUCAUGUGCUCACGCAUCGGCUGCUCCCUUAUGUUGUUCCAGCUGACUGGCGUGCCCUUUUGCGCAACUCUUUCCUCCUUGGAAGUGGAUUGGUUGGAUUAGCAGCUUCUCAUCAAUUGAUUUAA